CAAUUUCCCACUAAAAAUCUUCUUGCGUUGUUAUUUUGUUUAUUCUACCGACAAAAAAUUAAUAUUUAACUAUGUCUGACCUUAAGACUGCCAAGGACUCCUUGGUUGCAUCUCUCUUUGAACUUUCAAAGGCUGCCCAAGAUGCUGCCUCUGCAACUGUUGAAUUCUAUAAAAGUACAUUACUGGAGGAUUCUGAAAAAACCCUUGCUGCGACUUUAAAGAACGUACAAGAUGCUACCUCAGUUGUGAGCGAAGCAGUUCAGAAAGCUGCCCCUAAGAAGAGAGUCUCCAAAAAGGCUGCUGCUGCUGCUGCUAAGAAUAGCGAAGAGUCGACCAUUGAUACUGCUGCCACCGAAGUUCCAGAAGGUGUGAAGUCCACAAAGACUAAGGGAAAGAAGAAGGACGAAAAUGGAACUGUCUCUGAUGAGCCAACUGAAUCUAGUGAAGCUUCUGCUGGUGCUCUUGUUGUUCCUGAGAAGAAGAAGAGAAAAAAGGUUGAAAAGGAUCCAAAUGCUCCAAAGAAGCCUCUUACAAUGUACUUUGCUUACUCUUUCCACCAUCGUGACUUAAUCAGAGAAGACAGAAAGAAGAAGGACCUUCCUGCUUUGCCAUCUUCCGAACUUAGUGAACUUGUCAAGAAACAAUGGGAAAACAUUUCACCUGAAGAAAAGCAAGAAUGGCAACAAAAGUACCAAAACCAAUUAAAGGACUAUCAAGCCAAGAAGGAAGCAUAUGCUACCGAAAAGGCUUCUAAUGGUGAUGCUGCCUCCCCGGUUAAAGAGUCAGCCAUCCUGUCUUCUCAAUCAGAAGCUGUUGCCCCAUCUUCUCCAUUGAAAGCCCCAGAAGAUGUUACUCCUUCGUCACCAUCCAAAUCUUCUUCUGUUGCAGUUCCUGUUCUUUCUCCUUUGAAAAAGGAAUCAAAGAAGCGUUCUAAGAAGACUUCCGAAGAGAAGGAAGAAAAGAAAAGCAAGAAGGCCAAAAAGUUGGCCUCCCAAUCCUCUAACGUUUAAUUCAUCUCCACUUGUGUUAUUAUGUACUGUGUUUUAACAAUGUAAUAUUUACUUUAUUCAAUCCAAUUACGAAAUAAAAAGUCGGUAAUGUAAUAUAUUUAUAGUAUUGAUAUGGAUAUAUAUGGUACAGUGAUU